CGCCACCGGAGGAGGCGGAGAGAAGGGGCUGCAACCCUGGGGAAGGGCGGCCGAGCGCGGCUGGGUGAAAAGCCGCAGCCAUGGCUGCCACAUCUGUACUGGCCUCGAAGCAGGCCGAAGAGAUGGUGGGGGGCAUCCUGACGGAGGUGGUGUGUACAGCCUUCGAGAACACGAUCCUCGUGGUGGUGACGCAGUACGGGAAGAUGGGGACCCUUGUCUCGGUGGAGCCCACUGCGGGGCCGGACAGCAUCAGCUCCCCCUUACUUACGACAAAAGUACUGCUGGGUAAAGAUGAGCCCCUUAUUCACAUCUGCGCAAAACAUCUGGGGGCGGCCGUGUCCCAAGAAGCUGGGAACAAGCCCGUGCUCCUGGCCAUGGCCUUGAAGGACAAAAGCCUCGCGGGGAUCCGAGCUUUGCAAGAGCUGAUCUGCCAGUGCCGGGUGUGGUGAAUUCAGGGUUCCCCCACUGAAGACACGACCCCGUUUGCGUUUGUCGUCUCCCUCUGCCUGAAGCGGACUUUGGCUCUUUUGCCUAGACUUCAUUUUUGGAUGUGAACUGUAUGGCUUUGCCACGUAGACACACUUUCUAAAAAGCAUCUUCCUUUUUAUCAUCAUUUUGAGCAUGGAAAAAAUAGGGGGCUGUCCAGAUGCGAAUCAUUUGGGAAGAAUUCACACAUAACAGGACUGAGUUUCUUAUGGGAAUCCGUGACUUUCCAAACUGUCUGUAUGGUAACCCAGUAAACAGCCUCACAAAAUCUCAA